UAUAAUAUGAAGCAUGAAAAUAACCCCUUAGUCAGUAGUCACAGAGGCAUGUUUUUGAUAGGGACAUUCGGGUAGGGUUGACUUGAUGAUGAGGCGAUACUUUCAUGUCCUUCGUUGAUACUAAAGCUAAGAUGAAAAGAAGCAAGAAUAAAUUACAGAAAGACAAAGGAGAAUUCACCAUCAACUUUCUUAUCAGUUUCCUGAAUAAUGAAAUGAUUUCCCAUGUCCAAGAUUAUUCAGCUGCUCUUCUAUUGGAAUGGUGUUAAGAGAUGUGAGUGGUGGAAACGAAGAUGUUGAGAUGGAUGUGUGGACAUACUAGGAGCGAUAGAAUUAGAAAUGAGGAUAUCUGGAACAAAGUGGGAGUGACCUUCGUGGCGGACAAGAUGAGGGAAGAGAAACUGAGAUGGUUUGGCAUGUGAAGAGGAGGUAUGCAGAUGCCCAAGUAAGGAGCUGCAAGAGGUUGGAUACAAUGGGGUUGCUGAGAGGCAGAAUUUAUGGCUGGUGGAGUAUGUUUCCAGACUAAUGUGCAUACAGUUUCACAGACUUCUCCUUCUCCGGGAAUCUCCUUGAUACACGAUUUUCCUCAUGAAGCUGAAAUCUCAAGUGUCUCAAGUACUAAUUCAUCAAGUGGACCUUCAAAUUAUCCUCACAAUGUGCAGGUAGCAUUUGGGCCUCUCAAUGAUGUGCAUAUACCAACAAGUUUGAUGGAGAAUUUUCUGGAAAUCGCCAGCGACAACACUAAGAAGGAUAUAGAGACCUGUGGAGUUCUUGGUGCCAUCAUUAAAGAUGACACAUUUUAUAUUACCUCUCUAAUAAUACCAAAACAAGAAUCAACCUCCAAUUCUUGUCAAGCCGUACAAGAGGAAGAGAUGUUUGCCAUACUACAUGAACAAUCCCUCUUUCCAAUUGGAUGGAUUCAUACACAUCCAUCUCAGAGCUGUUUCAUGUCAUCGAUCGACUUGCACACUCAAUAUUCAUAUCAGGUCAUGGUACAUGAGGCUAUUGGAAUUGUCAUGGCUCCUACCGAUACAUCAAGGGCAUACGGAAUAUUCCGGCUAUCUGACAGUGGAAUGAAAAUCCUCAAGGACUGCCUAGAAAAAGGAUUUCAUCUUCAUAAAGAACCAGUUGAUGGGAGUCCCCUCUACGGGGAUUGCUCCAAUAUCUAUAUUAAUUCAUGUCUAAGACUAGAGAUAUUUGAUUUACGAUGACUGGAUGAAGUAGCAUUUAUGUCCUGUUGAAAUAGCUAAAUAAGACUUCUGGUUUGAAAUGCAAUCAGAUUGUCAAAACUAUAGUGAUAAAGUGCUAGUAACUAUUGUACUGAUUAAAGAAAAAUAAAAAUAAAAUAGUUGUGGUGUUGGUGGAGGCUAAAUUGAA